CUAGCUAUUUUGAAAAUUUGUUAGCUGUUAAAAACUUGGAUUAAUAUUUUUUGAGUUUUCAUUCGGAGAGCUUUCUCAACUUACAUGAUGGGGCGUAUCCCCGGUAUUUCGUUUAUCAUUUUUAUGGUAUCAUACGUCAUCAUCCUGCAAUUGAAAGACAGCACUCCUAAACUGUUGAGGCAGUGUGAAAAGGGUGACAAGAGUAUAACUUUCGAGUUAUCAUGCCCUACAGACUACAAUAUCAUCGUUACUACUGGUAUCUGUGUGCGCGUACAAGAUUGUGAUCAUUUUGAUGCAUCUUUCUCGUCAUCUUGUAAUGGGGACAAGUCUGGAUCCUGGGGUUUCCUUUGUUCCUUUUUUAACCCAUGCAUUAUAACGUGUACGGGGUCGACACACUGCUCCGGCGAUCAAUCAUACGUUUAUGUGGAAUAUCACUGUGAAUGGGCUGGGGACGGCGAUCCCCCGGCUGGAGUAAAGACUACUCCUGAGACGACUAAAGGGCUGACAGCUACAACACCAGAACCUGUUACAAAACCGUCGGGUCUUCAAGAGAAAACCUCAACUACCCCUACAAGAAUUGUAACAAUGACCAGUCCCCCGACCACAGAGGUACUAUCUACUGAGGCCACCACUCUAGCCGUACCAACAACUUAUGCGCAGAGAACUACUGGAUCCACCACGCCUGAAAUCACUACGACCUCUACUACAGCACAACGACCGUCAACGCAACCCACAGUGACAUCAGAAUCGAUGACGUCAGAAUCAGUAAACCAAUCACAGCCCUCGAUGCAAGAAAAGACAACUAUCACCACUCCCAUUACAAAUGGAACACAAAGUCCGGAUGUACUCAACGUUACCCAAAAAUCUCUUGAAGAGAUUCUUACAGCUUGCUUUGAUAACGCCACCGAGGGGGAAUCGAGCGCGAAACCUUUCCGACCAUUGUCAUUCUCAACUCCGAGUGAGACCGAAACAGACCGACUGACUGUAAGCUUCUACUCGCCAUUUCUACAAACCAAACCAGUCAAGGUGGCCAUCGAGGCUUUCCAGGACCCCAAACCGGGCUGUGACACAAGUCCUGCAUCGAGCACUUCAACGACCCCGUCAUCGGCCGGCGGUAAAGCCUCCGGAUCGUCGCUGUCGUUGAACUCCGUGGUCAACGUAACCGUGUACUGCUACAACGGCGCUCCCUUACGCCUACGAGAAGGGGAAUACGUGGAUGUCGUCUUUCCCGCCAAAAUUGUAUGUAGAGUAGUCUUCAGUGGCGUUUUGUGGCGUAAUGAGCAAACAAAAAUGAGGGGGCACAACUUGACGUUUUGA